AUGGGGGUUGGUGCCAUCUUAGAACCAUUGGUCGUGAUUGUCCUUCUCUUUGGAGGAACAUGGAUCAAUCGCGUGACUACAUCUGCCGUUGCUCACAGUCAUAGCCGUCGACGGUCAUUUAAUGACCCACGAGCCGACUCCCCAGAUCAUCUAGAGUCUGGUUACACGAGCCCGACCCCGAAAGAUGGGCUGUUGAGCCCGAGGUGUCGUUCACCACCGGCUGAGAUCUCCGACGAUGGCUGGCUCAAGCGACAGGUCGGAUUCUUUGGACUAUCAUUUGCCGUGUCAACUCCAGACACCGUUGUUUUCCAGGAUCGUUUGCUCAGCCGCCUGCUUCGAAAAUUGCCUUUCUUGGUGGAAUGCUGGUACUGGGCUCUCGUGUAUUGGACAUAUCAGCUCGGACGUGCCUUUACCGCCGUGACCCUUCAGGAAGGUACCGUUGAUGUCGCCCGGCGACAUGCUCUACAGUUGAUUCGUGCGGAGGAGGCACUAGGAAUCUUUUGGGAGCUUCGGAUCCAGCGCUGGUUUCUCCGGCAUCCUUUGGCCAUGACAUGUAUCAACUGGAUAUACUCAUUCAUCCAUAUUCCUGGCACCAUCGCGUUCCUUGUUUGGCUGUAUUACUAUACCAUCACCCGGAAUCGUGUCGAUGAACCACAGCCGGGGAAACCUCGUGGCUCAGUGAGCGGGUCACCGGCAGGACCACGGUUAUAUCAAGCUCGGAGAAGGUCUCUCGCCGUGUGCAAUCUCCUCGCAUUUGUCGUAUUCACCGUCUGGCCAUGUAUGCCACCUCGACUACUCAGUGAUCCGACUGUCGAAGGCCCCGAGGGAGAGCUGGCACGCAGCUAUGGCUUCAUUGACACUGUCCAUGGAGUCAACGGAGCGGGAAGCGUGUGGACUGAGAACCGCUUUUGCAAUCAGUAUGCCGCAAUGCCUUCCUUGCAUUUCGGAUACUCACUCCUGAUCGGCCUCACCAUAUUGACAAUUCCUCUCCCGCCGCAUCAUCGUCGCCUCGUCCGGACUCGAUUAGGUCCUAUUGGGCUCCGGCUGCCCUCUUGGCGCCGUGCCCUUUGUCUCGUGCUGGGUUUCCUCUAUCCAUUCACGAUCCUGGUAGCCAUCGUGGCCACGGCAAAUCAUUUCAUACUGGAUGCCAUUGUGGGCGCCUUGGUUUGCGGUCUAGGUUGGCGAUUUAAUGACGUGCUUCUGAACCUGCUACCUGUUGAGGACUGCUUCCUUUGGAUUGUGCGGAUUUACAAGCCGGAACCCUCAUCAUUCAGGAUCAUCAAUACAUCCGACGGGUGGGAGUCAGACGAUGUGAUCCCCAGUCAAGCUGUUUUAGCCUAA